CUUGUUGUGAAUGCGCAGCCUACUGCACUCCAUAUCAGGAUAAACGAGGCUGCACUUGAAUUAUUGAAUAUCUUAAAUUUCACCAAACCUUCGUUACGUCGCUUAGUUGCAUUAUAUUUACACACGCGGACUGUUUACUCCAAGGAGGUAAGACUGACUGACGCAAAAGCUCGCAAGAAGUCAACCCACUGGCUUUUUGACUGAGGCAUUCUAAAAUCCAGCUGUUGGUUGAUGUUACGGAUAGCCUGCCUCCCGUGCUGAUAAGACAAACGCCGAUUUCAGAGGCACUGUCUGACAGGAGGAACAAGCGAGAGAAAAAAAAAUCAAGAGCUGUCACGUCCAAGCAAGCGCUAAAGGAGAUGGGAUUGGGGCCUCGGCCCUCUGGAGACAGAUUCAGAACGUCGCCCCCUGCAGGCCAGGCAGGCUCGCUGUGAGGCCCCCGUCCUCCCAUCCAUGAUUUCUUCAUAGCCCUGUACAGACUGGUGCAGUCAUGUUCAGGAACAGCUUAAAAAUGCUGCUUAGCGGCGGCAAGUCCAACCGCAAGAACCGGAAUAGUGGCGGCGGAUCGACAGACAGUGAGGGUGUGUGUGACGGGGACUACGGCGUGCCUCCGCUGCCGGUGACAGAAAGCAUGCAGCACAUGCGCAUCAUGGAGGGCGUGUCGCGAUCGCUGCCCUCGUCCCCUCUGCUCUCGCACCAGGCCCUCAGCUCGCGCCUGCACACUACCAAACGCCUGCCCGGUGAGGGUCAACAUCCGGAGCUUGGCCCCCCUCCCUCGGUGGACGAGGCCGCUAACACCCUGAUGACGCGCCUCGGCUUCCUGCUCGGAGACAAAGUCAACGAGGGGCCCCCAGGGCCACAGUACAGUAUGGAGGAGCCAGACGACAGCCAGGGCAUGCUGGUGACCCAGAGGAUCAGUCCGUGCUCCAGCUUGGCCAGCAGCACAGCGUCGCCUCCCGCUGGCAGCCCGUGCUCCACGCUGCCCCCCGGCCCCCCAGUGCACCCUGGGAACAGAGACUGCAGUGCCUACGGCUCCAUCACCAGCCCCACCUCCACCCUGGAGAGCAGGGACAGCGGCAUCAUCGCCACUCUAACAAGCUACUCGGAGAACGCCGAGCGGGGCGGUAAGCACGGCGACGGCGGCCGCGGCAGCCUGAAGCUGUGGCAGACGCAGAAGUCGUCUGGCGCGGCGGGCAUGGGCAUGGGGAUGGCCAUGGGCAUGGGCCUGGGCGGCGACUCGUUCCUCUACCGCGUGGACGAGAACAUGGCCGCCUCCACCUACAGCCUGAACAAGAUCCCUGAGCGCAGCCUGGACCACGCCUCAUCCCACUCCGCCCACUCCAUCCCCCUCUACCUCAUGCCCCGCCCCAACUCCGUGGCAGCGACGAGCUCCGCUCACCUGGAGGACCUGGCCUACCUGGACGAGCAGAGACACGCCCCCCUACGCACCUCCCUCCGCAUGCCCCGCCAGAGCGCCGGGGCCGCACGCGCCGCUCAGGACCUCAGAGCUUCUGCUAACAUCCAUGCCUGGCAGUCGAGCUCAUUGCGCUUUGCUCCGUACCGGCCGCCGGACAUCGCCCUGAAGCCGCUGCUGUUCGAGGUGCCCAGUCUCUCCACCGACACCACCUUCACGGGCCGCUACUGGCUCUUCCAGGAGGUAGAGGCCGGUCUCCGCGCCAACAACCCCACGGCCAACCGCGGCGUGGUGAUCGUGGGCAACGUGGGCUUCGGCAAGACCGCCAUCGUCUCCCGCCUGGUGGCACUCAGUUGCCACGGCAACCGCAUGCGGCAGAUUGCGUCAGACAGUCCACAUGCCUCACCGAAACAUGGAGAGGGUUUGUCCCUCAGUCAGCCCCAGUCGGCUCAUGGUACUUUAGUGGGGGGCAGCUGUCCUGGAACUCCCGAGAUGAGACGACGCCAAGAGGAGGCGCUCAGAAGACUAGCUUCACAGGUGGUGGCGUAUCACUACUGCCAGGCGGACAACGCCUACACGUGCCUGGUGCCGGAGUUUGUGCACAACGUGGCGGCGCUGCUGUGCCGCGCGCCGCAGCUCCUGUGCUACCGCGAGCAGCUGCUGCGCGAGCCGCACCUCCAGAGCACGCUCAGCCUGCGCUCCUGCGUCCAGGACCCGCUCAACGCCUUCAGGAGAGGGGUGCUGGAGCCCCUGGAGCUGCUGCACAGAGAGAGGAAGAUCGCGUUCGAGGACGACCUGGUCAUUCUGAUCGACGGGCUGAACGAGGCGGAGUUCCACAAGCCUGACUACGGCGACACCAUCGUGUCCUUCCUGUGCAAGACCAUCGACCGCUUUCCCCCGUGGCUCAAACUGGUGGUCACGGUCAGGACGUCUCUGCAGGACGUGACCCACCCUCUGCCGUUCCACCGCAUCUCGCUGGACACGCUGGACGAGAACGACGCCAUCGACCAGGACCUGCAGAGCUACAUCCUGCACCGCAUCCACAGCAGCCCGGAGAUCCAGAGCAACAUCUCGCUCAACGGCAAGAUGGACAACGCCGCCUUCUCCAAGCUCAGCGCCCACCUCAAGGCCCUCAGCCGCGGCUCCUACCUCUACCUGAAGCUCACGCUCGACCUCAUCGAGAAGGGCUACCUGGUGCUCAAGAGCUCCAGCUACAAGGUGGUGCCGGUCAGCCUGGCGGAGGUGUACCUGCUGCUGCUGAACAUGCGCUUCCCGACGCAGUCGUCGUUCGAGCGGGCACUGCCGCUGCUCAACGUGGCGGUGGCCUCGCUGCACCCGCUGACGGACGAGCAGGCGUACGGCGCGGUCAACUCGGGCGCGGUGCGCGGCGCCACCGUGGACUGGGAGGACUUCGUGCAGCGCGCCGAGCUCCUGUCGCCCUUCCUGGUGCGGCGGAGGGACGGCACGCGCAUGUUCGUCCACCCCUCCUUCAGGGAGUGGCUCAUCUGGAGGGAGGAGGGCGAGAAGACCAAGUUCCUCUGUGACCCCAGGAGUGGACACACUCUCCUGGCCUUCUGGUUCUCCCGUCAGGAGGGCAAACUCAACCGCCAGCAGACCAUUGAGCUGGGCCACCACAUCCUCAAAGCACACAUCUUUAAGGGCCUGAGUAAGAAGGUUGGGGUCUCCUCGUCUGUUCUGCAGGGGCUGUGGGUUACUUACAGCACAGAGGGGCUGUCCACUGCCUUGGCCUCCCUUAGGAACCUCUACACACCUAAUAUUAAGGUCUCUCGCCUGCUGAUCCUGGGCGGUGCCAACGUGAACUACCGCACGGAGGUGCUGAGCAACGCGCCCAUCCUGUGCGUGCACGCCCACCUGGGCUACGCCGAGACGGCGGCGCUGCUGCUGGAGUUCGGCGCCAGCGUGGACGCCACGUCCGAGAGCGGCAUCAGCGCCCUGAGCUACGCCGCCGCCGCCGGGCACCUGCCCAUCGUCACCAUGCUCUGCGCCAAGAAGGCCAAGGUGGAUCACCUGGACAAGAGUGGUCAGUGUGCUCUGGUGCACGCUGCCCUGCGGGGCCACCUGGAGGUGGUGAAGUUCCUGGUGCAGUGCGACUGGAGCCCAGACGGCCAGCAGGGGGCGUUCAGCAAGAGCCACGCCGUUCAGCAGGCCCUCAUCGCAGCUGCCAGCAUGGGCUAUACAGAGAUUGCAUCUUACCUAUUGGACCUACCUGAGAAAGAUGAGGAGGAAGAGGAGCGAGCACAGAUCAACAGCUUUGACACUCUUUGGGGAGAGACAGCUCUGACAGCGGCAGCUGGCCGGGGGAAGCUGGAUGUGUGCCGUCUGCUGCUGGAACAGGGUGCCGCUGUGGCACAACCAAACCGCCGUGGCAUCGUGCCCCUCUUCAGCGCCGUGCGCCAGGGACACUGGCAGAUAGUCGAUCUGCUACUGAACCAUGGGGCCGACGUCAACAUGGCCGACAAGCAGGGCCGCACUCCCCUCAUGAUGGCCGCCUGUGAGGGACACCUUGGCACCGCCGAGUACCUGCUAGCACAGGGGGCAUCCCUGGCGCUGAUGGACAAGGAGGGGCUCACGGCUCUGAGCUGGGCGUGUCUGAAGGGCCAUCUCCCAUUGGUCCGUGCCCUGGUGGAAAAGGGCGCGGCCACCGCCCAUGCGGAUAAGAGCGGCCGAACCCCGCUGGACCUGGCCGCCUUCUACGGAGACUCGGAGGUGGUGCAGUUCCUGGUGGAUCACGGUGCGAUGAUCGAGCACGUGGACCACAGCGGCAUGAGGCCUCUGGACCGGGCCGUGGGCUGCAGGAACACAUCAGUGGUGGUGGCCCUACUGAAGAAGGGUGCCAAGAUAGGUCCAGCGACGUGGGCGAUGGCCACCUCAAAGCCGGACAUCAUGAUCGUGCUUCUCAGCAAACUGAUGGAGGAAGGAGAUGGCUUCUAUAAGAAAGGGAAGGUGAAGGAGGCUGCCCAACGGUACCAGUAUGCGCUGAAGAAGUUUCCUCGUGAGGGCUUCAGCGAGGACCUGAAGACCUUCCGUGAGCUCAAAGUCUCCCUGCUCCUCAACUUGUCCCGCUGUCGCAGGAAAAUGAACGACUUUGGGAUGGCUGAGGAGUUUGCCACCAAGGCUCUAGAGUUGAAACCCAAAUCGUACGAGGCCUUUUACGCCCGAGCCCGCGCCAAGCGCAGCAGCAGGCAGUUCCACGCAGCCCUGGAGGACCUGAAUGAAGCCAUGCGCCUGUGCCCCAACAACCGUGAGAUCCAGCGCCUGCUGCAGCGCGUGGAGGAGGAGUGUCGUCAGAUGGCCCAGCAGCAGCAGCAGCAGGAGCUGGACCAGCAGCCCCCUUCCCCGCCCCCCGACCACCACCACCACCACCACCACCACCAGGAGCCGCCCGCCCUGCCCCCGGCGCCCCUCCUGGAGCCGCGGCUGUCCGACAUGGAGCCCGUGCAGGACCUGUUCGAGGAGGACGACGAGGACUACCUGGAGCGCGACAUGGAGGCUCUGCCGCCACUAGGGGGCGGCGGCGGCGGCGGUGGCGCCCGCUGCAGCCCCGCCACGCUGCCCGUCAUCCAGAACAUGCCGCCGUCGCCGGGCCACCACCGCGACUCGCCCUACCUGUCGGACGGCCGCGGCGGCGGCGGCGGCGGGCAAAGCUACGAGCUGCGGCCCAGUCCGCCGUCGGGGCCGUCGCCCACGCGGCAGGGCUACCAGGCAUCGUCCCCCUCGCCCUCCUCGCUCUCGCCCACCCACCAGGGCGCCGGGCACUUCCGGCCGAGCCCGCCGCACACCUCCCCGGCCCACCAGAUGUCUCCGCAACAGCUGCAACAGCAGCAGCAGCUGCCGCCGGGCGGUUCCUACCACUUCAGCCCGCCACCCUCUCCUCUCCGCCGGGGCCCGCAGCAGCAGUACCGCACCAGCCCGGCCUCCGAGGCCACGGGCCUCUACCGCCCGCAGUCGGCCUCGGCCGCCUCGGCCCGCUACCACCAGGAGGUGCCGCUCCAGCUGCCCCCGUCGCACCACCCUCACCCUCACCACCACCCGCACCACCACCCGCACCACCCCCACCCCAACCCGCACCACCCCCACGCCGGGCGGCCCAAGUCGCCGCUGUCCAAGCUGCCGGCGCAGCGCUCCUUCCAGCUGCCGCAGCAGGUGCAGGUGCAGGUGCAGGUGGCGCCGCAGCAGGGCCAGUGGCUGCAGCCGGCCAAGGCGCAGAUCGUGCGCACCAACCAGCCCAGCGCCGCCGUGCACUCCAGCGCCGUGCUGGGCAGCAGCGCCUACAGCCAGAUGGCGCACUCCAUGAGCGCCCGCUGCCCCGGCGACGCCAUGGACGAGCUGAGCGAGGGCGGAUUGGGCGGAUUGGGCGGCCUGGGCAUCAGUGGGUACGGCUCGCUGCAGGUGCAGGGGAGCCUGAGCGCGGGCAUGCUGUACCAGCGCGCCAUCAGCAUGGACCCGGCGCUGAUGGAGGACGAGCCGCCGCCGCCGCCGCAGCAACAGGCCCCGCUGCAGCGCCCGCAGUCGGCCUACCAGCGGCCCGCGCCCGGCCCAGGAGGAGGAGGGGGAGGAGGGCUGCGCGCCUACGGCCAGACGCCGCAGAUCAGCCGGAGCCAGUCGGCGGCGUACUACUCGUCGGGGCUGCCGCCGUCGCUGCACGAGCUGGAGCGCCAACAGCAGCAGCAGCAGGCGCCGGGGCUGGGCUCGCCCGAGAACCCGCACGCCCUCCGCAGGCCCGUCAGCGCCACCGCCGCCUCCGUCGCCGCCGCCGAGCCCAAGCCGCACCCGCCCACGCCACGCCCGCUCAUCCACUCGCAGAGCGUGGGCCUGCGCUUCUCGCCCUCCGCCAGCAGCCUGGGCGGAGGUGGGGGCGGAGGAGGGGGCGGAGGAGGAGGCUCGGCGGUCAACCUCGGCCCCGGCUUCCGGCCCUCGCCCUCGGCGCAGCAGAUGGAGAUCCCGCUGCAGCUGGCGUACGAGGGCGGCUACUGCGACGAGCUGUCGCCCGUGUCGCCGCCGCAGGGCGGGCCGCUGGACAUGCGCGUGAUGGGCGGCACGUACCCGGGCGAGGCCCUGCGCUCCCGCGCCACCCCCUUCAUGGGCAUCAUCGACAAGACGGCGCGCACGCAGCAGUACCUCCAGCAGCCCGUGCCGCCGAUGACCAUGACGAUGCCCAUGCCGCCGCCGCCGCCGCCGUCUCAGCAGCCGUCCUCGUCCUCGUCGUCCUCCUCGCCCUCGUCCCGCGCCUGGGCCGUGUCGUCGCUGGACACGGUGGUCAGCAGCCCGGCCACGUCGCCCAGCAACACGGCGUACGGCCACAUCGCCUACUACAACCGCACCAACAACGCCCACAACGGGCACCUGAUGGAGGAGGACUACUACUCGGUGCCCGCGGCGGCCGACGCCAUGGGCCGCGUCAGCCAGGCGCCCACCUACCCGGACGUGAAGGUGGCGCGGACGCUGCCCGUGGCGCAGGCCUACCAGGACGCCGGCGACUACCGGCAGAUGGGCCGCGCCGACCGCCAGGGCCCCGCCUCCCCCAUCAAGCCAAAGAGACCGUUCGUGGAGUCCAACGUGUAGGGCAGCAAGGCGGCUCCAACACACACACACACAGACACACACACACACAGACACACACACACACUCCCAUACUCACACACACAGUGUGUAUGUUCACAGACCGUCCCACCAAUGAGCUUUCAGAACAGCCGGGUGACGCUAGCCAUCCCAUCA